AUGUUUGAAAAGGCACCAGAAGCUGAAAAAGAAUACGACGACUCCAAGGGCGUUUCUACUCACGACAUCCACGUCCAAUCGGUACUAUCUCCUCAGGACGACCAGGAAAUCAAAGAUCAAGCUUUCGAGCUUCUCAAAGAUAACAUCGAUGAGGAACUGGAUGCCGAGGAAGAUAGAGCUGUGAGACGUAAACUUGACUGGAGAUUCCUUCCAUUGCUGACCCUUAUCUAUGGUCUUAACUAUGUGGACAAGGCAUCCCUUUCUUGGGCAGUCAUGUUGAAUUUCAGGGAGGACACUAAGCUGAAAGGAAAUGAGUAUUCAUGGGUGUCUUCCAUUUUCUACUUUGGAUACCUGGGAGCUGAGUACCCAGCCAAUAUCCUCGUCCACAAAUUUUCUGUUCCCAAAAUUCUUACAGGAGUUUGUGUCUCCUGGGGUAUUUUGAUGCUGGCUCAUAUCGGAGCGAAAAACUACGCUGGAAUUUUAGUUAUCAGAUUCUUACUGGGAAUCAGUGAGACUCCAGUGUCGGCCGCAAUGAUCAAGUAUGUGGGAUGCUGGUGGAAAAAGUCAGAACAGCCAAUGAGGUACUUAUGUUUUAACUCUGGACAAGGUGGGUUGUACAUUGUUUUCAGUCUUGUCUCCUAUGGUCUGGGACACGCUGGUGGAAACUUGUCACCAUGGAAGUAUAUCUACAUUGUUCUGGCAUUUGUUUCCUUCAGUUUGGGAGGACUAGUUUGGUUUUUCUUACCAGCUUUGCCCCAGAAUGCAAAAUUCUUGAAUGAGCACGAGAAAAUGGUCGCCGCCAAAAGAGUCUCAAAGAACAUGACAGGAAUCAAGACUGUUGUCUGGAGAAAUUACCAAAUUCUUCAUGCCUUAAAGGAUCCAAAGACAUAUCUGCUGACCCUGUAUAUGUUCUUUUCCAUGAUCCCUAACGGUGGUCUUACCAACUUCAACACACUCGUGUUGGAAUCUUUUGAUUUCGACAAGUACACCACGCUUCUAGUGAACCUCCCAUGGUCGUGUUUCUCUGCUGGUCAGAUGUGGGUGUGGGUUUUAAUCGGUCGCAAGUUCAAGAACCUAAGAAUUGCCGGUCUGAUCAUUCCGAUGUGCAUUGCAAUCACCGGAUUGUCCAUCGUGUACGCGACCGAGGAUGGUGGAGCAAAUAAGUGGGGAAGAGUGUUUGCUUACUGGAUGAUUAACUCUUGUUCAGCAACUUAUCCAUUUGCAAUGACCCUGACGGGACAACUUAUUAGUGGCCACACCAAGCAAUCCUUUACUAACGCGCUGGUCCUGAUUACUUUCGCUUUGGGUAAUAUUGUCGGUCCGUUUGCAUUCAAAGCUAGUGACGCUCCAAGAUACACACACGCUCUGGCUACUAUCAUUGGUACCUUUGCAGCCUGUAUUGCGAUCGGAGCAGUUCUCGGAGUUUACAUCUUCUAUGAAAAUAGGAGAAGGAACAAACUCUACGGAAACCCCGCCGAGGAUGAAGACCUGCAGCUUCAAGGAGAAAUCGCCGGUCUCAAGGAUAAGACAGAUCUGGAAAACAAGCACUUCAGAUUUGUUUACUAA